GUCCGUCCGUACGUCCGUCCGCACGUACGAGAGCAUGGAUGUGGGGCCAUUCGUCAGUACCAAUGAUAAUUAUGGGUUCAAAAUCCUGUUGUGGGGUCGGCCUCACAACGGGAUCUUAUUUUGUCCCAUAUAAUACACCACAAAAAUAUUUUUGACAUCUGAGUUAUGACCCCACAGGCUAUAGACAUUAAUUUUUAAGCAGAGUCCAUGGUCCAAUUUUGGACAUUUCUAGACAGUCCUGCCCUCUAUUUGAAAAGCAUUUUCCCGGGCUUUUUACCGAAUCACCGCUAAUAAUAAUGCGCGCUGCAAGAAGUGCACUCUGCCCGCUAUGCAAACCGAACCCUGUCAGACGAAUUUUAAUGAUUCUGACAUGUAAAUUGUAUGACAGCAUUACAUUUCAAAUUCAUAAAACGUCAUCUGGCAGAGCUUCGGUUAGUGCAAACGUCGAGCGCGGAAGAAUAUAUUAAUCUUGCGGCAGCAGGGUCACUGUGAUAAGGUCACAUGACUUACAAAAUGGCGGACGUUGGUGAUAUGAAAAUGAUAAAAAUAAGGCGUAUAAUAUUAAUUAUGCACUCUAUAGUUGAUCUCUGGACAAAGAAAUCGAAAUAAUAAUAUUUAGAGUAUAUUAGUCUCAGAUUAAAUUAGUUUCAGCGAAAAUAGUUACUAUGUGACCCAGUGACCUUUGAUUGAAUUAUAUGAAACCAUGGAAAAAAUGGCGGGUAACGGCGAAAGGCCCAGUCGAAAGAGUGCCUUUAUUUGGGCAGUCCUUCCAGGAUUGCCAAAGGUGAAAUGGCCUGUCAAAGUCCUGGAUCUAGACGAACAAGAGGAAAUUUAUUUGGUGUACUGCAAGGCAGACAAUGCAGAGUUCACUGUUCAGUUUAAAAAGGCGGUUCCAUUUCAUUAUGAAUCUAAAGAAAUUUAUGAGGAAUCGCUUUUUGCUUUGAGACGCAAGGAGAAAUUGAGAGAAGCUUUUGUAGAGGAUUAUCAAUGGGUUUUUGAGAUACGCCUGAUGAACCUUCAAAUACACUGCAUACAACUGAUCAGAUUACAGAGAUCACGUUAGGUA